AUGCUUCCCUAUGGUCUAAAACUGCGACUUCUCGGGCUUUUGUCCUGUUUAAUUCUACUUUUUCACGUGACGAUUGCGAAAAGGGAUUUAAAAAACGCUUGUUUUACCUGCCAGAAGAUUACUGACAACUUCCAAAAGGGUUAUGAAAGAACUGCAAAGCAAAAUUUUGGUGGCGGGAAUACUGCUUGGGAGGAGAGGAAAUUGUCCAAAUAUGAAACCAGUGAAAUCCGAUUAAUGGAGAUCGUUGAGGGGUUAUGCGACAGCAGCAGCUUCGAGUGCAACCAGAUGCUUGAAGAGCACGAGGAAAAUUUUGAGACAUGGUGGUUUAAAAGGAAAACGAAACAUCCCGAUUUGCAUAAAUGGUUCUGCAUCGACACUAUCAAAGCGUGCUGUCCGAAAGGCACGUUUGGACCGGACUGCAAUGCUUGUGUCGGAGGCUCGGAGAAACCUUGUCACGGAAACGGCAAAUGCGACGGCGACGGAACACGCGGAGGCGACGGCAAAUGCACGUGUGACGUCCAGUAUAAAGGAGAUUUUUGCCUGGAUUGCACUGAUGGCUACUUCAACGAAGUUCGCAACGAUUCCUUCUCGCUUUGCACUGAAUGCCAUUCUUCCUGCAAGACCUGCAACGGAGCAACCAAUCAGGAUUGCGAUGAGUGUAAAGAUGGUUGGGAAGAAGAUGAGCAGGAAGCCUGCAUUGAUAUAGACGAGUGCUCCAAAGACUCACCUCCAUGUCAAGACGAUCAAUACUGCGUCAACACGGAAGGCUCUUACUCCUGCAAAGGUUGCGAUAAAGCCUGCACGGGAUGCACUGGCGCCGGGGCCGACACGUGCCAGGCAUGUGCUAGCGGCUACCGGGACAUUGUGGGGACCUGCGAAGACAUUGAUGAGUGUUCCGAAGCUGACUCGGUGUGCGCUAAGGAGCACCAGCAGUGCGUGAACACCGAAGGCGGCUACAAGUGCGUCUGCUCUGAGAACUUCGAGGAACAAGAUGGGGACUGUGUACAAAAAGAGUCGCCAGUAGCGUCCGAGACUGAUGAAAGUCCUCAUGAAGAGCUCUGA